AUGCCCGAGGGACUCGAGAUUGAUCACUCGAAAUCCUUGAACGGAACGAUGGCAGCAUAUGCAGAACAAGUCUUGAUAUGCACUGGGAAGGAUGAUUGGAUGUCGAGGAUAGAAGAAGAGAACUCGGGAGACAAUCUGGCUGCGGACAUAAAGGAAUUGCUCGGACGAGGUGGGAUGUAUUCGGAUCCAUACCACAAUGUAUCCGUCACCAACGCUUCCUUCCCUUCAUCUGUCCCAGCACGAUCCGAAAUCCAGACUACAUCUGCGUACCUCCUGCCAAGCUUUAAAUAUAUCCCGUUUCUUCCACGGGUUUCCUUCGACUCAGUCCAAGCACUCGUGAAGGGUUAUCUGCUGCCGAAGAAGCUACAUCCUGCCCAUGCCAGCCUCUCGCCAAUACACAGAGACAGGCUGACCCGAAGUGAGAAUCAAGGGAAAUUUUUGCCAGCUGUUCAGGAUGUGAAAGACAUUCUCGUGCUUAUCUGCGGGCACGGUGGAAGAGAUAUGCGCUGUGGUGUUCUUGGACCAGUGUUAAGGAACGAGUUCGAGCAGCAGAUGCCCAAGGAUAAUAUACGAGUGAUGAAUGGGCCUGUGAAUAUUGGAGAUGGACAAAACAGAGAUGUGAUUGAAAGCUCAGCAACAUCAGACACCUCUCAAUCAGCCAGAGUAGGAUUGAUCAGCCAUAUUGGAGGACACAAAUUCGCUGGAAAUGUGAUUUUGUACAUUCCCCCAGGUACCAAAACAGCCGAUGGGAAGGAAAAUGCCUUGGCAGGCUGUGGGAUUUGGUAUGGAAGGGUAGAACCAAAACAUGUCGAAGGGAUCAUCAAGGAAACAAUACUUGGUGGCAGAGUCAUUGAAGAUCUCUUUCGAGGUGGUAUCAGGCAAGGAGGAGAAAUCUUGAGGCUUUGA